UGAGAGGUGUGGCAGGUUUAUGAUAAAGAUAAUAUUUUUGGAAUUUAUAAACAAAGAAUUUGUUAAUGUAAACUAGUAGUCUGUAUACCAACAAUAGCAAAUAAUCGACAUGUCUGUCGAUAAACAAGAAUAUCACCGUGCGUCAAACGCGGUAGUGUUUGGCGGAGUAAUUACAUAUAUUGCAGGAUUAUUGUUGGUUAUGGCAUUUACCAGCCCAUAUUGGAUUGAAUCAUAUCAAGAGACUUUCAGUAGUUUUAAACAUAUGGGACUUUGGGAAUAUUGUUUUGAACAAUUUAGAUAUCCAUAUUAUCAAUAUAACAAACAAUUUGAUGGAUGUCAUCACAUUUUCUCAGAAGAAUACUACGUGAUUAGAGAGUGGUUACUACCAGGCUGGUUAAUGGUAGUACAAACAUUUGUCACACUUGCUCUUUUACUUUCCUUUUCUGCACAAGUUGUGAUUGCAUUGACUUUAGUUCGUUGGCCUUUGAAAUUUGUAUUAAAUUAUGAAUGGCUACUUUCAACCAUUGCUUUCCUGAGCUGUGCUAUGGCAGGCACACUAUUAUUUUUAGGAGUAUCAAUAUUUGGAGGUCAAUGUUGGCGCAGAGAUUGGUUAAUGUAUCCAAAUUUUAACCAUUUGUCAUGGUCAUAUGGUUUGGCAGUUAUCUCAUUCAUGUUCUAUUGGCUAGCUGCAUUUUUCUUGUAUUUAGAUGCGAGAGCCGGUUAUAGGUUGCGUAAAGAAUCUCGUAAUUUAGUGAUGCAAAUGCAACCUAAUUUGCAAAGUCAUCAAGGAUUAUCAAGGGGAGGAUACAUAUAAUCCAUUGUCAUAUUUAUAAUAUUCAAAAAGGAUUUAAUCACAGAAAAAUUUUUAACAACUUUUUAGUACUAU